AUGAAUAAAUACUAGCUAUUGAAAAAUCAUAUCUAACAGUUGAUACGAAAACCUAAUACUACAAAUAUCUUGUUCGUGAGACAUGGAUAAACCAAUUAGAAUCUAAGCAAUACAAUUUGUGGGUGGACAGAUAGUAGAUUGACAAUUAGAGGAAGAGAACAAGCCAAUCAAUUAUUACAAGCAUUAUUACCCUUCCGAGAUCAAUUUAAAGGAGUGUAUACUUCUGAUUUGAGAAGAGCAAAAGAAACAGCUCAAAUAAGUUUAGGAUUUCCUCAUGAUACUUUAAUUAUUGAAGAUCCACGUUUGAGAGAACUCAAUUUUGGAAAACAUGAAAAUAUUGCUUAUUCAAUGUUAGAUCAAGAAACAAAGGAUAUUAUUUUCACAUUUUAAUACCAAGCUCCAGGAGGAGAAACCUGGUAACAAACUUAGGAAAGGGCAAUGAAGUUAAUAAGGGAGAAAUGCACUGAGAAUGGCUCGUAUUUAAUGUAUUCACAUGGAGGAUAAAUUUGUAGCAUUACAUAUAAUUUGGGGUUGCAAAAUUCAAUAGGGAACUGCAGUUGUGUAGGGUUGGAAUAUGAUUAAUAGAAAAAAGAGAUGAAAGAAUUAUUAUUCAAAUGGGAUUUUCCAGAAGAAGAGAAUGAAUAAGAAAUAUGA